CGGCCCUCCUCAUGGAAGCUCUAUCUCGAACAUGGCUGGAUCAAUAUGUCAAUAUGCGGCCAGGGCUUGUAGCCAUUUGCAGAACUUCAUUUUUCAUCUAUCCGUGUUCUCUUUCUUACACCCAUCGCGUGCCAGCAUAUCCGACAAGCGGGUGAGGCGGACUGCAUGGGAUAAGCAGGGGCGAAUUGGGCAAACUUCAUCUGUUUAUUCCUUCAUUCACCUGCCCUCCCGUCGCAUUUACACCAGGAGCAGCCAAGAUCCCGUCCGUGUGGGACAUCACACCUAUGGCAUCUGGCGUCUUCUGUGAGAUCCGAGACGUGGGUGAAGUUCCAUCGAGGAAGGACGCGAGGAAGGACGCGAACACCCCAAGCGUUGUUGGGAGAGCCUGAUAUCGGCCGACUAGAGCAAUCAAUAUUAGUAGUGAGGCGAGUGAUGAUGCUAUCUCAUCUUUCUUACCCUACCUACCUUCCACGGCAGCGCGGCGGGAUUAAGUGGGAUUUUACUGCACGUCACUUACCUACCCUUUCCAAUGCACCUCCGGACGGCUGACAGUGGUAGUACCACGUCUCUUGUGACCCCUAUCAACUCAUUAUUGUCCAACUUGGGCCGAGUCGAAGAGCGUCAAAUAGCGGCCUUUUGUCGUUGGUAAGGAAAAAGUAUGCUCUUGAUGACGCCGCAGGGCUGUUGGCAUGGUCUUCGAGAUCAGACGAGGGGCGGGCCGUGAUGGGUGGAGGUUCACAAAAAUGCGAGAUGGUCUGACUUGAUGAGGUAGAUGGCGUUUGGCCGUUGAAGUUCCUUUGGCUGCAGAACAAAUCAGCCCCAGACGACGCCAUGUAUCUGGAAUGGCGAUUUGUUUGGCGGACACACCUUUGCAGGACAGGGAAGGGGUUGACUUUGCGAACGCCGAGCUGCAGUCUAACGGCCGAGACUUCUUGUGAGGUUCUCAGGGAGCACAGAUUUCGGUGCCCGCCAGUGGACCCCUUCAUCCCACCGCUUGAAGUCGAAGCUACUGUACCUCAGCUGUCAAUUUGACGACGAGCAGCUUCAUGAUAGGCCUGCCUGCUCCUGUCAUCAUCUAACCUUACCCUGGAAGAACGCCGCUUCUUCCUCCUCCAUUCGCGGUUCGAACUUGCCUUUCCGGCCCCGAGAAAGGCACCUGGCAUACAGCACGACUUCUACUUCCCUCGUUGCAUGCACGAGUGCCCAAUCACGUACCGAGCGCAACCUGACAGUGUCUCACUCGAUUCCCUGCAUUGCAGGGGGAUCAUACUCCCAUCUCAGCGUGUCCAGAGGCCAACAGCUACCACAACUUCACCAGCUCCUGUGUGGCAAGACAUAAUAAUAAUACACAAAAAAUCAAUCGCCAAUCCUGGUCAACCUAUUUAUCGUCUUACCCCUCUUGUGAGGGGUUGGUUACGUCGGGUCUUUCAUCCCCUUCGAGGCAAACUUGAGCCGAUUCAAAAAAAAAAAGGGUCAGGGUUGGCUAGAGGGUUGAUCUCGGCACUUGCUCUCCACCUCAGCCAAUCUAACCCCAGAGGACCUAAUCACAGUAAUUCAGUAGCUUGUCGCUGCUCUUUCUCGCACUCGCACUCUCUUUUCGGUGGGCUGGGCAAUUGAGCAUUAGUCUCGGCAAACUACCAGUUUCAACUCGGCAUCGCAUACCGUAUUGGCUCUUCCGGCAUCCUGUAAACACCCUGGUUUUCCUUCUGCUUUCGCCAUCAGUGGCAGGUUCACUAUGUGGGACGUCGACUGGUCCGACGUUUCUAUCGAAAAGGUUGGGGAGAGACGAGCGCGCAAGGGAAUCGAAAGAAACUCAAAGAAGGAGGAUGUUCAGAGCGUACAUGGGUCAACAGGCAGCCGCCCCUCCUCGACUGAAGAGCGACCAGCCAUGAGCCUCUUUGAAUCCAUGGGCUUGAAGCGCAACAGCAUGUCAAUGAAGAACAGGAGGAAGGACACAUUGCAGCCAGAAACGACAAAGGACGAUGGCAAAUCAAGACGGACAUCUCUGCUGGCUGCUGCGGUUUCGGCCCUGGGCAAUACAAACCGGUCAUCGACUGUGUCUGACAAGUCUCUCAGACUACAGACCACGCUCACAGAAAAGAAUAUUGUAGAAGACACCACCACGGUAACAAGUGGGAGCUGGGGGGCGCCAACGGAUAGAUCAUCCAAAGAGUCAAUGCUCUCCAAGUCCACUGCCCUAACAACGCCGUCUCUGGACUUUCAGGGGGAAGGAACGAUGGGAGAUGUGCUUGCAUCAGAGGCACAAAAGCCCGUGCGCCCAAUGAGCGACUCGAUGAAGAAAAGCACAACCACCGACCACAACAGAGCUGUUGGUCCCGUGAGAGUCGCGAGCCUAGGAAACCAACCGACUAUUCUCAUAAACAACAUAAUACCGCAAACUCCGGCAACGCAGAAUUCACGCUCAAUAUCCUCUCUAUCAACAGAACUUGAGAAGUCAGUAUCAGACUUCAUUGACAAUUGGUAUGAAGUUAUUCACGCGUCAGACAGACCGAUUCCCGUCAGCAUGCCGGAGCCCAAACAGCCCAACGAGCAGCACCCUCAGUCACAAGGUGCUGUCAAGCUACCUCUGAUGGCCCCUUUGCCUCGAGGGCCCUUGCCAGAGGUCCCAAACCGACCUCCGACUCAACCUACGCCUCGUCCAUCCAGAGCAAGAAUGCUCAGCACUCUCCCACCCUCAUAUCAGCCCAAGGGUUACUACAAUCCAGAUCGGUGGAAGCCCCCUGAUCAGUGGAAACCCAAGCCGGGCAGUGUCGAAGAAGCUCCUAUUCCUGCCACGGAGGCGUCUCCAGUUGCCCAAGAAGCUCCUUUGGUUGUGCCAAAAAGGCGAGUCCGGCUACCAAAAAACACCGAGGCUGCUUACGCGGCGACUUUGAGAGUUCAGGCUCUGCAGAUGGAGUUGAAGAGAAUGGCCCAGGCAACUCCUGAGGUAGCCCUCGCACGUCUCAAGGAGAACUGGGGUACUGUUACAGAUCCCAUAGUCUACCAGCAGCUUGAGCAGGAAAAGAAGCGAUGGAUGCUGGCCUCCCUGUACGGGAUGGAACAGCAGAUCAGGGGCGGUGACAAUACAGCUGUCACUGUGGCCGGAGCGCAGCCAUUUGUCCAAGGUCCAGAUGUCUUGUCACUGUUCGAUUCUGACUCUACGACAUCCUAUCUUGCAGUCCUCCACCCGGAGACGAGUAUCAAGCACAUGAACUCAACUCCCAUUCCUCAUCUUCAGUACCCGAAUGUCCAAUCCUUUCCCUGGCCUGUCUCACCUUCACUUGCCCUGGAAGCGAACAAAUUCACCUCGGUGCAUUGUUUGUCCAUGCCCUCUUUGCUGGCAAGCCAAGAGAUUCCCCAGCUUCUCCAGAAGAUCUACCACUGUCUCGCCCCUCAAGGAGUGUUGCAUCUUGUGGUGAUAGAUCCAUCACCAGUAGCCCACUCUCUGGGACCACACAUGAGAGAAUGGCUGGAAGAACACCUGACCACCAGCCUGGAGGCCGAAUUUCGAUGCAUCACCCCCAGCAGAGUGUUUCCGAGAUGGCUGGAGGCAGCCAAGCUCGACGGCCUGAACAGUUUCACCACCAAGAACAAGUUCCAAGCCAUCCCGCCUUCCCAGUCGCGCCACGACAAUGGCAAGGGCAAGGCCAGAGCAAUGGAUCCUCACGACCAGGAGGCCAUGAUUAUGGGAGACCUCCGGAGCGUGGUUGGCAGGAUGCUGUGGCAGGACAUGUGGUCCAAGAAUGUGCGCGCAAAGGCCUGGUGGUGGGAGAUUACGGAAUGCGUCGAGGAGUGCAUUCAGCUUGGUACCUACUGGGAGUACUCCAUCAUCCAGGCAACCAAGAAUGGUGAAGACUGUAACGGCAACUCUCACCACAGUUCGUACUAACCUGCUGGACCCAACGAUACUGGGCGCUCUUUCUGACGAUCACUUGCCAAUGGACCAGUUGCAUCGAAACUCGACAACAUUCUUGAUAUUUGUUCCUUUUCGGCCUCCACAGCAUCAAUUAUUGCCCCUGGAAUUACGGGACAGAGCGACCGGUCUCCUUGUGCAUCGAAACGGCUUUGCCAUCGAGUUAUUGCAACAACAGUUGGCUUUUUGACCGAUCAAGGGCUCCCUCCAUUCAGGCAUGAAUUUUUCUUUCUCUGGUACCGCGCCUGUUCUGACUUUGGACAAGUUGUGCAACAUUCUCAUGAACGGGGCCAACAAUAAUCUCAAAAACCGGAAGCUGGGCAAACGAAAUGGGGGGCUAGCCUUUUUAUUCAGCCUGUAUAUUUGUCAUAGAGAUUUCCAAAUCGGGCUUUUCUUUCACCGGGUAAGAGGGGAAGUUUCUCUUCAAGUCAGGGGUAAGGUUGGAAACCAGGCUGGUUUGGUCAGUGGCGUGUGUUUUUCUUUUCUGUCCCCCCCUCACAAAGCUCGAGGAUCUUACUUAGCUUUGGGGGUCUUUUUUCUUCAUGUAUUGUAUGUAGCUUCCGACAAGGAAACGAACUUUUGUAUGAUCUGGGUUUGAGUCUCUUUGGCUGAUGUUUUGUCAUGGGGAUGGGGAAGGUUAUCUUUUUGUUUUGAUGUGUUGUAUGAAUAGUACGUGAUUAUAGGGG